AUACAAAUACAGAUAGAGAUAGAGAUUGAGAUACCGAUACGGAUACAGUGAAAGUGUGCCGCAGCAAAAGAUACUCGUAAUUACGUGAUCGUGAUCCGAGUGCGUACAGAGGUAGAACGAACAGAACAACGAUAUAUAAGAUACAAUGGAGGGCCUGCCACGCGCAUUAAACUACGAACUGUCGCAUGAUCUGCAUUUCGAUCAUUUCGGCGGCGCCGCACAACAAAUAUUAGAGAACGGCAAGAACCCCGCCGCCGCGGAGGCCUCAACACCCACGAUCAGCACACUGGAUGCGCUGGCCAAUAGCGAUUUUCUGCAAAAGAUUGGAGCCACCAUCUUCAACUCGAUACAGCUGAAGCAUCACAAGCUCAACGAAGCCCUCGCACAGAAUUCCAGCGAAGUGACCAUGGAUUACGACUUUAGCGCUAACCGUGUGGUGCUGGACAGCAGCAGCGUGGAUCAACUGCAGCAGCAGCUGGAGUACGACAAGUUCAUGAACGAGGUGUGGAUCGGCAUUGUCUUCACCCUAAUCUUGAUCUCCAUGGUCUUCUGCAUAUGCUCCUGCUUCCUGUACCAUCAGUUUCGCACCUGGAAACGAAAUUAUCAUAACAAUGCCAAUAGCUCAUCGCAGUGCACAAUUAUUGAUAUCGAGGCACUGAAAUUGCAGCCCGAUUCGGAGGAUCCGGUGCCGGAAUACACAUUGGUCUCCGGACUGCCCAGCUAUGAAGCUGCCUUGGAGUUGCUGCAUAAAACCCCGCAAUCGUCGUGCCUGAUUGUCUAUCCAAGCGUGUUUAAUAUAUUCAAUAAGCAUGAAAGAGGAACAGCAGCAGCAGCAGCAGCAACAUGUGCAACGACAGCAACAACAACAGACGUAGUAGAAGCUGCAACACCAACAACAACAACUACAUCGCGGACACAGUCGCUGCCUUUGUGUGAGGCAUCAACUCCGCUGUUGCCAACAACAACAACAACAACAACAACAACAGCAGCGACAGCAGCAGCAACAGCAACAUCCACACCCACAUGCGAAGGCAUUAAGUCCAAUUUUGUGCCCAGCUAUGCUGAGGUAUUUGGCUUUAAGACCAUCGACGAGAAGAAGAAAUCUGCGCGUUGCCAAAACCAAACGAGAGACGAGACAUCGAAAGGCCAAGGCGAUAAAUGCUAAACAUAGUAUGGCUCUCCAGGGUGUGUAACACCGAGAUCUGAACUACUUAGGUAGAUGGUCAAGAUCUCAACGAUACCAACCAAAAUGUGCUCUGUGAUAAUUGUUGCUGUUGUGGCUAAAUAGUUGGCCGCGAUUCGAUGCGAUAUGAUAUUUAUGUACUUAGAUUCAACUAAGCGCUGUGAUUAUAGAAAAAGAAAGAAAGAAAGACAGACAACUCGCAACAAAUGAUAUAAAAACUACCUGUACUUAUAAAUACCUACAUUCUCUAUAAAGAUUUGUUCAGCUUUAUUGCUUUAUUGUUAUUAGCUUCUAAGUAGACAACAAUGUGACGCAUAUUAAA